AUGCGCACAGUGACUGAAAAGUACAAAUUGCGACGCUAUAUUAAGCUUCGACACCAGGUUGUCGGCGCAUGGUGGAAGGAGGACCAAGGCCAAUGGCACCUCCAGAUUCGCGACCUCGAGAAGGAUGAAGUAUUUUCCGAUUACGCAGACUUCUUUAUCCUAGGCUAUGGAAUUGUGAAUUUCUGGGAAUGGCCAAAGAUUCAGGGUUUGCAUGAUUUCAAGGGCCCUUACAUGCACAGUGCUGCUUAUGACGAGAGCUUCGAUGCGACUGGCAAGACGAUUGCUCUUGUUGGUGGCGGUUCCUCUGGCAUCCAGAUUCUUCCUGAGAUCAGGAAGGUCGCUAAGAAGGUUUACCACUAUGCCAAAACUCCCAACUGGUGUGCUCCCGUUGAUUUUGGAGCCAGUGAGCUCAUCAAGAGAGGCAAGAUUGCCGAAGGAAACUUCAACUAUAGUGAAGAGGAGAAGGAGUUAGGUCGAGGAGAGCUUGGCCACUUUUAUGUUCCCGAAGGCCUGAAAUUUGGUACCGAGGCUCAAGCAGAAGUGUUCAAGGUAUUCGAGAACCACAUGCGCGAGAGGCUAAAGACCAAGCCUGAGAUCUUGGACGUCAUGGCUCCAUAUUUCCCUCCUGGCUGCCGACGUCUCACUCCCGGCCCCGGAUACCUGGAAGCGCUCUGCGAGUUGAAUGUUGAGUUCAUUUCAGAAAAAAUCUCUCAUGUCGAAGAUAAGGGCAUUUUCACCGAGAAAAGUGGCUUGAAAGAAGUGGACGCCAUUAUCUGGGCCACUGGGUUCAAUGUCGACUGGCUUGAGCGUUUCCCCACCGUUGGCCGACAUGGGCGCAGCAUGACAGAUGUCAUGGAUCCUGAUCCUGAGGCAUAUCUCGGCAUGUUCGUGGAUUCCUUGCCCAAUGCCACUCUAAUUGUCGGGCCUAAUGCCGCUCCCGGUGGCACCACCGCUAUCCAAACCAUCGAGACAGAAUACGAACAUGUUGUCGCUGUGUUGAAGAAGCUGCUUUUGCAGAAGAUCAAGUCGAUCUGUGUCAAGACCAAUGUUGUCAAGCAGUACACAGCACAGAUGUUUUCAGCACACAAGCCAACUAUUUUCGGUCAACCUCGCAACAUUGCCGAUGGCCGCAACGUCGCAUAUUAUGGAGGAAACGGCCUCAACUUGACCGUCGCCGUGCGAAACCCCCGUUGGGAGGACUUCGACUACACGUACCUAGAUGAGCUUGAGGGUAAUCCGCAGUCAUGGCUUGGCAACGGCUUCGUUGUCGCAGAUGUCGACGGCAGCUCGCGUGUGAAACACCUGAGGCUUGAGAAUUUGGACAUCCCGCCUGUUCCCACUGAUGAUGAGGAGAAACCUAAAGCCCUGGCUAUGCAGAACGGCAACAAGACAAGCGCCAAUGGCGUGACCGCUUAA